GCAGGUUUUUCCGGCCAUUUUGUAUUUAGACGUAUCAGUAGCUGGCUUUUGAACCAUUACUGGUUGCGUGUAUUUUAGUAUGGUUUGCUCACCGAUCUUGUCCGUCGAUAUCCUUUUUGAUUUUACUUAAGAACAAUUGUAGUUGCCGAGGAUGGUCCAAAGUUAGGACCGAAAUGUUCAAGAAUUUUAUAUUUCUAUAUGUUAAUAUUAUUUACGCGUUUAUAUCUGCGUCUUGGCUCUUAUUAGGCUCGAUGUCUACAGUAUUGUGUCUGCUCUCCCGUAUAUACAACGUAAUACAUUUUCAGACGUGAGGAAUUACAAACUUGACAAUUACUUCGAUCUAAAAAUAUACAUAAUGCCAUUCACUCGCCAUUCACAAUGUUUUAUUCUGAUAUUAAGGUCAUUAGUCAAUAACCUUAAGAUUAUGUAGAUAUAUUUGAAUAUUUUCUAAGUAGUCCAUUAUAAAAUUGCAUUCUUGUCCGUCUACGCGUUACGCGCCGCACACAUUUAAGUGUCUUUCAUGCAUAAAUAUUUGAUCAUACACAACGAUAUAAUUACCAUAUUAUUAUCGUGUGUUUCAUGCGUAAAAUGUGCGUAACACGCAAUUUUAUAGGACAUCUGAUUACGCACAAACGCAAGGGUAUUUAAAGUACGUUUGCAGCAGAUGCAUUAAGUCGAGAAGAAUUGCGCGAAAUGGUCAUAAAAAUGUGAUGCAUUUAUCGUUAUGAGUAACGCAAAUCUAGUCGAGCGGCAACCUAUUUUGAGAAUAUCUAUUUAUACUCGAAGAACUUUUUGAUUUUUAUUAACGUUAAAUAAAUGCACUUAGUAGUAUAUUUAGCGUGCCUUUAUCUUUUCUAAAAAUACACGGUAAUUAUUUGACUUCGUCACACAAAAGCUCAUAUACAUAUAAAGCAAAUGUUUGCAAAGUGGUGCAUCUUUUAUAUUUGCAUGUUGAACAAAAAUCAACGAUAAAAAUACCAAGUGAAUAAGAAAUAAUAACAAUAAUAAUAAUUUAUUCUUGUCCAUUCUUCGUUCUUUUCCCCAAUUAUCUUUUUCCCUUUUUACUGGGAAUAUAUAGGAAUACAAUCAUACACUUAGAGUGGAUUGAAUGUUUAACUAGGUGAGACGAGUGCCGAGGAAAUUUGCGCACUUGAUGGUCUCGUUCAUCAGCGAGAAUUUAAUGAGUUUUCGGUGAGAUGUCGACGUGAUGUCGAAUCGAGGCAUUACCGUAAUGAUAAUGUUCGUGUCCCUUGCAUCGCGCACUCUCUUGUUACCGCUGAAAUACUUAAGAUUAGUCGCCUUGAGGUAAUUUAUCGGUCGGCGUACGUGUCUGUUAACAAUUUCACCAGGCAGGGGGAAUAUGUCGAUUAAUUCUAAUUUAGAUAAUAGCAUUGUCCUUGCAUCAUGACUCGGUUUAUCGACAUUAUAUUUGUUACGCGUGUGCCUUUCACGCCGAUCUAUAUCAGUGUUUCUCAAAACCGGCGUAGCGCGCGACUCGACGACGUUCGAGCGUGCGAUAUUACUCACGAAUCGUGUGCAUUCGGCUGCAGUUCUUCCAUUCUCACUUUAAACUCAUCUUUAAUUUAUCGAGAGCGAGAUUGACUUGUCAUUCACAGACGAGAUACUUUCGAUCGAGGAAAAGGGAGGGCAUCCCGCCUCCAAAACACAGAGAGUCAUCCGAUGUUGAAUACGACAAAACUUCCAGAGACGUUCUCGCGCGCCUGAAAUCACAAGAACGGAAUCGCGCGAAGCUUCGAUCCUGAAGCAUCAGCAUGUAGAGACUUCAGACCACGAGACUCUCGGCUUCAAACAUUAACCGGGUGGACCGUCCGCGUGGACCUUUGAGAGCUACUGAUCGCGGGCUGGAUACUGCACGUUGAAUGCCUCCUCUUGCCUCAUCGUCGUCGUCGUCGUCGUCGUACGCACACACGAUCUCGUCUCGCGCGAUCUAGAUGCGCAAGAUGAUGGGUCAUAUGUCACAGCAAUUACAUGUCAUUACGUUAUGCGCUGCAUCCCAGGGGUGGCAAGGGCCGAUCGAAGAGCGCCAUGGUUACUCCACGGCUAACAAAUGAUCCCUGUGUCCUGGCUCGCGGUUCGAGGUGUACAACGGUACACCUCGCAGUUUUGAACACGCCGCGAGCUGGUGGACUACCUCGCGCACGAGGACGACUCUCAUGCUCGACUCGCUGCUCCGCGCUUCGUGACGGAGCAGACUCGAGAGCGAGACUCGCAGAGUCGGCCGAUCGUCGUCCCUCUUCUUCUCUUCGCCCUCGAGUUCCUCCGGGCUAUGGUCCACGGGUGAUUCUGUCCUCUCAUGACACUCCACUGACGCCAUGUUCCGUUCGCUGUCGACGAAGAAGUUGCCGCGGUCCAAGAGCAGAGCGCUACAGAGGUGGCGGCUGUUCCACGCCACGGACUUUCAGUCCUUGAUGUUUCCCUGUUUCACCUUCUGCCGCUUGGUCGGCAUAUUCCCGUACAAGAUCAACACAUCGACCUUUGUGAGCUCGAGGGAGCGCUACAUACUCUCCACCAUCGUCCUCAUCGUCUUCUGCGGCUACGGGCUGGUGGUGUUCUAUCAGACGGACUUUUCCGACAGGUUGAUGUACGACACCGUGCCCAGCGCCCUUCAGGGUAAUUGCUACUUCAUCCUUGGCGGUAUCAUAACAAUCGUCACGUACAUCAUGAACGGCCCGCGAAUGCGUCUCCUUCAGACGCUGCAGGAGAUCUCGUCGAGACUACCGCCGGAGUCGUAUCACAAGCUGUCUUGGCUGAUCCAUGCCAAGGACAUCUGCGGCUUCUUCUUCCUGGUCGCCCAAGUGCCGAACGUUUACUCGCCGGACGUUUUUCAAGCCUUGGUGAAGGUGUACACGCUGUACAUCACCUUGCUGGUGUUUCAGAUCGACAUGCUCUACAUGAAUUGCGUGUGCGUGCUGAAGGCCUGCUUCAAGCGGCUCAACGACAACCUGGCGAAUCUGCGGGAGCUCGUGGUGAACGACGAGCCACAUCUCCUCAGGAGGGUCUACCACGAGCAGCGAAAUCCGUUCCUACUGAUGGAGCUCAAGGCCCUGAAGAAGAGGCAUCUGUUCGUUAGCGACACGGUGCAGAUGCUCAACUCGACCUUUAGCCUGCAGCUUCUCGCUACCGUCGUCAUGACCUUCGCCGAGAUCACCUUCAGCCUGUACUUCUACAUACUGCAAUGGCAAGGGAAUGUCAUUAUAGACCCGGAGAAACGGAUCUGGUAUUCGUACUUCACCAUGUCGAUAGGAUAUUUCUUUGUGAAAAUGGUGCUGAUGGUGUGGGCCUGCGAGACCGGCAAGGAUCAGGCUUCGGAGAUCGGCACCACCGUGCACGAGGUGAUCAUCAAUACCAGCGACAAGCAGAUCAAGGACGAGUUGCAGCUGUUCUCCUUGCAAAUACUGCACCGUGAAAAUACAUUCUCCGCGAAAGGUCUCACCGUGGACGCGAGCCUUCUCACCGCGAUAGUGGGGAGCAUCACUACGUACUUGUUAAUCUUAAUACAAUUCUUGGUCACGUCGAGUACGAAUUGCGACAAGGAAGCGCCAUCAAACGUUACGGAGUUUUAAUUGACAGCCGAAAGGCGCGUUAAUUCGAUUGAACGACGCAUCGUCGAACGGAAGGAUUUGUGCGUCCUCUUUUGAUGUUUUUUUUUUUUUUUUAAUCCGAGAUACGUACCACUGUUAUUAAUAAGUAACAAGCGCGAUGUUUCAUACAAAGAUACGUUGUACAGUAACCAAGUAUAAAUAAAAAUACUAUUUUUAAUAUGUCUUGUACAUAAAUAACUGAGUGCGUGUGUGUGUGUAUCAUGUGAGAUGUAAUACACGUAUUUCUGGCAAAUACCGCCCCGGUGCUCAUCAUAUCACAUUUUCUAUCGCUCUCGCCUGUUUGAAAUUAAAACGAGCCGGCGCAAAUGCCGACAUAUGAAUAUAAUCUGAAAUUCAUUUCCGAUGUGAGCAAAAAUUAGCGCAUGACCUUUAUUAAUAUUUUAAACCACCAGCGGAUA